AACAAUUGUCCCGCCAUCGUUAUAUACAACACUCGCACACCUUUCUGAACACCUGCUGGUAACAGAAUCGGGUUUUAACAGUAAAAAUUCAUUAUUUUUCUUUUUCUUUUAAUUGGCUGUGAUUUGCACCUUGGAUGCGUAAAAGUGUGUAAUAUUAGCGCCUAAGGUCACAUCAUAACAAGAGCCGGAUUGAUAACAGGUCGAAGUAAUGAAAUCCUAUAUAUUUGUGUCAACUUUAUGCUUGUUGUGGACUACAUUAGUCGUAGCAGAUAUCAACGACAGAAACGGAAGAUAUAUUCCCCAUUGGACAGAGGUGUGUCCUCUAGCGGCACAUCCUGACCCUAACCGUUUCAUCCAAUACAAACCAAACGGUGAACCUGUGGAGAAGAAAUGCGAUGAGGGUCUGAUCUUUAGUGUAGGCCAAUGCUCCUGUGCUUGGAGUAAUAAUUUAGAAUGUGACAAGCGGCCCUCGAAGCUAGGUAUCACUUACUACGAACAGAACUCUAAUAACUAUUGGUUGACGAUGGUGUGUGCCCUAGGAACAGCCUUCAGCCCCACCACCUGUGAUUGUUCAAUGCAUCUUAAAAUUAACCAUGUUAAUGAUAACCCUCUAGGACAACCGAGAUCCAUGUUGAUGAGGAGAUUAAGACCAUAACAGUCAAUAUAACGUCUUUAGCCUUUAUUUUUAUCUUCAACGAGUAUUGACUACGACUAUUGUUAUUUGUUCCAUUGCAAAGGAUUGUUUGGGUUUAUCUAUAGUUUGAAUUAAGGAUGCCUCACUAAUACUUAUAAUGCAAUGUAACUAAGGCUGUAAUAUUAACUAUAGACAAAGAUGACACAAUUGUAAUUUUCAAAAUAACAAGGUUAGAAAAUGUGUAUAAACAAUUAGUCCAAAGUCAAUAUUAUACGUUUUCUUUAACUAGAUAUGAUAUCAAAAACAUUUUAUUUAGAUACAACAUAUUGAUAUAUUUAUGCUUUUCAUUUAGUUGAAGCAACGUUUGUUAGAUGUUUGAGUUGUUUAUCAACUAAAUCGUAACAUUUUCAGUUUUUGGUUACCGUUGAAAAGAAAGUUUAUUCACGUUAAUAUUUUGGUGAUAAUCUGAUUGGUGUCAAAUUCACAUGUACUAUAAACUUUGAGCUAGUGAAAUUAGUAUAACAAUUAUGUCUGUCAUUGGGGAAAAAGUGUAUACAUGUAUUUCAAUAAAACGAAACAUUUUUUACUUUUUCUACUUUUAAUAGAAUAGGGAUUAGUGUUUAGGGUCCUCAGAUUGUUAGCUUCAAAGUAUUUUUCAUCAUAAAAAUGUUAUUUGUCUUCCAAAUUUUAUAAAUGAAAUCUAAUUUUUUUCAUUGGUAUCCGUGCAUUUUACAAAUUUGCUCUCAGUGGAAAUAAAGGGAUAAAUAUACAAGUUGAGAUCAAAUUAAAAAAAAGAAAGUUUUUAUCGGUAUAUCGUUGACUCUAACCCCUUUACCUGUGGAAUAUAUAGAGGGUUCUCCCUGGAACCACUAAGCCAAGUAUUUUGUUGAAUAACUGAUUUUAACGAUAAAACACUUAUUAAAUCUGUCUCUGUUAAAGAAAGAUUUUUGGUACUAAUUUUAAAAAAUCGGAUAAUUCAGAGUCAUGGAACUUGGAUGAGAAUCAGAGAUCGUUAAAUAAAAGUUUUAUCAAACAUACAUCAUUUUAUAGCAACAUGUGUUUUUCUCAGUAGAUACGUUGGUAAAAGGAUUUCAUUCUAUUCCAACAAUAAAAGACAG